AUGGCUUCCAAGAGAAGAUCUUGUAAAAAUAAACCCGACGUAUUUUGCUAUAUCUGCGGUGAAUACACACUUGUUCAUAACAGGAAUCAAGUCACAUGUUUCAUAAAGCGUGCUUAUCAUGCUUAUUUUGGUAUUAAACUUGGUGACCAGGAUAAAGAUUGGGCGCCACACAUGGUAUGCAAAGCUUGCACCGUGUAUCUGCAUCAGUGGACCAAGGGCAAGAAGACGUGUCUGAAGUUUGGAAUUCCCAUGGUUUGGCGGGAGCAGAGAAACCAUGACACUGACUGCUACUUCUGUAGCAUCGAUCUGACUGGGAUAAACAGAAAGAACCGAAGCAGCCUCGAGUAUCCUGAUUUGCAAUCCGCACGUCGUCCUGUAGCUCAUUGUGAUGAUAUUCCAGUACCUGUGUUUCACAAACUUCAAGACAUCAGUGAUGACGAAUCCUCCAGUGAUGAAGAUCAGGAAACAGAAGAAGAAUGGCCAGUUGUUGACGAUGAAACUCCACAGCUUUUUUCCCAACAGGAGCUAAAUGAUCUAGUUCGCGACCUCAGCUUGUCAAAGGCCUCUGCUGAACUGCAUCAAGAGUACCUCCAAUUUUUCUCGGAGGUGCAGGACUUGGUGUACUGCACAGAUAUUGCACAGCUUCUGCACCACCUGGGAGUGCCGCAGUACAAGCCCGAAGACUGGAGACUGUUCAUUGACAGCAGCAAGCGGUCACUGAAAUGUGUUCUACUGCACAACGGCAACCAGUUUGCCUCUGUGCCCCUUGCUCACUCUACUAAACUGAAGGAGAAGUAUGAAGCGGUGAAGUAUGUGCUGGAGAUGAUUCGUUAUGAUCAGCAUAAAGAUCCAGAGUUUGAAAAGUCAAUGAACAAAGUGGAACAGGAAGCAUGGAAUGCUUUUGUUCUCGUUGUGAAAAACUUCUUUGGCAACAACAAGGCCAGAAACUAUGCUGAACUUGUCAACAAUAUGGUGACUGCUUUCAAAAAACUCGGAUGCAACAUGAGCAUCAAACUGCAUUAUCUAUUUUCACAUAUGGAUCGUUUUCCUGAGAAUCUUGGAUCAAUGAGCGACGAGCAGGGAGAGAGAUUCCACCAGGAGAUGAAGGAGAUGGAGACCAGGUAUCAGGGACGUUGGAAUGCCGUCAUGAUGGCUGAUUACUGCUGGACUCUAAAGAGAGACAUCCCUGAUGCUGAGCAUUCCAGGGUAUCCAAUAAACGGAAGUUCCAGCCCUAA